AAGUAGAAACGCUGGAGACGUGUUGCAACAGAUGACCAGGAGAGAGAGAGGGAGCGAGGGAGAGAGGGAGAGAGAGACUGCCAUAGUCAAAGAGAGAGGGAGGGAGUGAGUUAGAGAGAGAGAGGGGGAGAGAAAGAGGGAGAGAGAGAGGGAGUUGUUGGCUACUCGUCCUCUGAGUUUGGGUGCGCUUGUUUCGGGAAACGGAGCUCCACUUUGGGACAUGAGGAGUGGGUAGCCUUCGUCCCUCCUCCUCUUCCUCAGGACUAGACCAGCUGGACCAGGUGCUGCUAAAGAAGAGUGUUAUUGGUUGACCCUCCCGGAGGUCACGGGUCGGAGGUCAGGGGUCGGAGGUCAUGGCGGAACGACUCCUCGUCACCCUCUUCCUGGUCCUGAGUUUAGGCCACGCCCACUCCGCCCUGGCCCAGCACCUGAAGCCCCGCCUCCUGAGAGACAGACGAAACAUCCGUCCAAACAUCAUCCUGGUCCUCACCGACGACCAGGACGUAGAACUAGGCUCCAUGCUGGCUAUGAAUAAGACUCGUCGUGUCAUGGAGGAAGGCGGGACUUCCUUCUCCAACGCCUUCGUGACCACGCCCAUGUGCUGUCCGUCACGCUCCAGCAUGCUCACUGGGAAGUACGUCCACAACCACAACACCUACACCAACAACGAGAACUGCUCCUCGUUGUCGUGGCAACGCCUGCACGAGCCCCGCACCUUCGGGGUGUACCUCAACAACACGGGCUACAGGACAGCCUACUUCGGGAAGUACCUGAACGAGUACAACGGGUCGUACGUGCCCCCCGGCUGGCGCCAGUGGCUGGCUCUGGUGAAGAACAGCCGCUUCUACAACUACAGCCUGAGCCGCAACGGGCAGAGGGAGAAACACGGGGCGCAGUACCCCCAGGACUACCUGACGGACCUGAUCACCCUGGAGGCGGACCAGUUCUUCCGGGCCUCCAAGCGGGUGUACCCCCACCGGCCGGUCCUGAUGGUCGUGAGCCACGCGGCCCCCCACGGCCCGGAGGACGCAGCCCCCCAAUACAGCGAGGCCUUCCCCAACGCCUCGCACCACAUUACUCCCAGUUAUAACUACGCUCCUAACCCAGACAAGCACUGGAUCCUGCGCUACACGGGCUCCAUGCGCCCGGUCCACAUGGAGUUCACCAACCUACUGCACCGCCGCCGCCUGCAGACCCUGCUGUCUGUGGACGACAGCAUGGAGAAGCUGUAUAACAUGCUGGUGGAGACUGGGGAGCUGGACAACACCUACAUCAUCUACACCGCCGACCACGGAUAUCACCUGGGGCAGUUUGGGCUGGUCAAAGGGAAGUCGAUGCCGUAUGAGUUUGACAUCAGAGUCCCGUUCUACAUCCGAGGCCCGAACGUGGGCCAGGGAACCAUUAACCCCCACAUGGUCCUGAACAUCGACCUGGCCCCCACCAUCCUGGACAUGGCCGGUCUGGACGCCCCGUGGGACAUGGACGGGAAGUCUGUCCUCUCCCUGCUGGACAGACACACACCCGCCAACAGGUACCCUAGGUUUCAGGUGGUGAAGAAAUCCAAACCAUGGAGAGACUCUUUCCUGGUCGAAAGAGGGAAGUUGCUGCCCCAGCGUGUGGACGGACAGGAAGUGUCCCAGGAGGAGAACUUCCUGCCCAAACACCAACGUGUGAAAGACCUGUGUCAGAGGAACGAGUACCAGACCCCCUGUCAGCAGACGGGACAGAAGUGGCAGUGUGUAGAGGACUCCACAGGGAAGCUGCGCCUUCACAAAUGUAAGACGGAAGGGGGCGUGGCCAAGAGCUUCCAGAAGGGUCCGCCCAAACACCUGCGUCCAAUCAGCAUCAAGUCCCAGCUGUACCAGCGGAGGAUGGGGUCAUGUGACUGCGGCGGCCCGGCGGUGAGGCCACGCCCCUCCUCACUGCGGCCCUUCAAGAAGAAGUUCCUCGUCUCCAAGAAGAAACUCAAAGUGCUGAAGAGCUACUCCCGAAACCGCUUCAGCCGCUCGGUGUCCAGUUACCAGGGCAACCACAGCCUGCUGGGCGGGGCCACCAGGCAGCCAAUCAGCCAUCAGUCUGAUGAGGACUCCAGCGGAAUGGGAGGAGUCCCCAGCACCCUGGCUCCGCCCAAAUCCAUCAGGGUGACAGAGAGGUGUUCUAUCCUAGCCAACGACACGGUGAGCUGUGAUACCGGUCUGUACCAGUCCAUACAGGCCUGGAAGGACCACAAGCUGCGCAUAGACCACCAGAUCGAGACGCUGCAGACGAAGAUAAAGAACUUGAGGGAGGUCAGAGGUCAUUUGAAGAAGGCCCGCCCCCUGAAGUGUAACUGUAACAAAUACAAGAGGCUGGGUGCAGCUGGUCAGAGGGCGUGGCUGCUGAAGGAGCAGAGGAGGAGGAAGAAGAUGAGGAAGGUCAUGAAGAGGAUGAAGAACAACGACACAUGUUCGAUGCCCGGACUGACCUGCUUCACCCACGACAACCAGCACUGGCAGACCCCACCCUACUGGACCUUGGGGUCGUUCUGUGCCUGCACCAGUGCUAACAACAACACCUACUGGUGUCUGCGGACCAUCAACACCACACACAACUUCCUGUUCUGUGAGUUCGCCACCGGCUUCCUGGAGUACUUUGACCUCAACACCGACCCCUACCAGAUGAUGAAUGCGGUCAGUUCUCUGGACAGGACGAUGCUAAACCUGCUGCACGUCCAGCUGAUGGAGCUGAGAGGCUGCAGGGGCCACAGGCAGUGUAACCCCCGCACGCGCUCAGUAGAGCCCGCAGGUGGACAGGAACAUGGCAGCUUUGAUGAUUACAGGAUGUUUGAGAGGAAGAAAUGGCCAAAAGUCAAGAGACCCUCCUCACCCAGAACCUUGGGUCAGAUCUGGGAUGGCUGGGAAGGUUAAACCUUCGUCUGGUUGGUCGACCGCUGACUCCGCCCUCUGCCAGAAGGACCUAUCAGCCGCUGAUGAAACGGGAGAGUUGCAAGGCGACCAAGCUCCUGUGUUGUAGGCCAGCCGAUCAUCUUCUGCCAUAUCUCUGACAUCAUUAACCCCACCCACUUUGCAUCCAAGGGUGACUCAAGGAUUGGACGGAUUGAAGCUCCGCCCCUAAACACGUGACCUCUCCACGCCUGAUUUCAUCCUCCUACCAUCCCAGGUGUUUGUGUGAGAGAGAGAUUCUCCAGGGUCCAAGUACCUGUGUUCUGAAGGCAUCUGAUUGGAUGAAACCUGUCAAUCUAAUUUACUUUGAAGUUUGAUGAAGAAGACUCCUCUCCUCCCUUUCCUCUCCUCUCCUCUCCUCCCUCUCCUCUCCCUCUCAUCCUCUCCUCUCCCCUAGGCGGCAUUCUUGUAGUAUUGUAUUAAUUGCUAAAUAGUCAUGACUAAAUACUGUUUGUUUCUUGAGAGCCCCAGUAGGGAACAGGAACUGGUUUCUAUGGACAUUAUGACCUCACUUCCUGCUGAACUGAGUUUCCUCUUCUAAACGAGUGUUUGUUUCUACGACAACGGGCCACCUGCCUGACAUUCAAAGAACUUUGAAAUAUACUAAUCUAAUGACUACUUUACCGACGAUGCAAUGCAACUUCAGCCUGGGACCACGAAGCCAAUCUGUGGAGCAGUCCCGCGGAACGCUGGAGAGAGAGAGAGAGAGAGAGAGAGAGAGAGAGAGAGGCAGUCCUGAUCUAAAGCAGGGAUGUGUUAGGGAUGAAUGGAUACAGAUGUGUUGUAUUUACAGAGGUCGCAGCCCGCCACACAGAGGGUGUGUCGGUUUGAAUCCUGGGUCAGACCCCACGCUGUUCUGCCCCGUGUCCCCGAUCCAGUUCUCUGUCUCACACACACACCCGCUCGCUCACACACACACACACGCACACACACUGGAUAUGUAGACACAUACAUGCCCCUCCCCUAAAGAAUUGUCGAGCUCUUUUAGCGGGUUAGCUUAGCGUAGGAGGGUUAGCAUAGCACUGAGCAGAUGAAGAGAUUGUCAAGGAGAAGAAUGUUCACUGGUGUACAGAGAUGUACUGUAAGUUGGUUAGUUGUCAAUAAAGUGUUUUAUGAUUGUGUUUCA